GCAAACUACUAUUAAGCACUCUCUCUCUCUCUCUCUCACACACACACACACACACAGAGUAGAAUUCAUAUCUCAUCAGAGCAUUGAUCCAACGCCUAACUCAUGAUUUUUAGAUCUACCAGAAAACAGCAACAACAAGCACCUCCAUAAGUAGUUUAACUGAGAGAGUAAUCGACAGGGUUUAUCUCGAAAAGGCGAAUCAGUUCAAGUACCAGAAAAUGGAGAAGAUGAAUCAGGCAUUUGAGAAGAUGAAAAUGCUGGUGGGAAUGGAGGUCGACGAUGAAGAACAGCACCAAGAAUCUUCCUUCCUCGAUGAUUUUAAUCGCAACUGCACUUUGUCUACUAAACAGAGACUGUACGGCUUUGCAAUUUGCUUAUCUGCUGGUAUAACUUGCACACUCUUGUCGAUGCUUGUUUUCUUCCACCCCAUCAAAUUUGGGAUCACGUUCUCAUUUGGCAAUCUGCUUGCUCUUGGAAGCACAGCAUUUCUGAUAGGCCCUAAAAGACAAGUGACAAUGAUGCUUGACCCAGUUCGUAUAUAUGCUACAGCAUUAUAUAUUUCUAGCAUCAUCAUUGCACUUUUUUGUGCUGUAUAUGUCCGCAACAAGCUAUUGACACUUCUGGCUAUUGUCCUGGAGUUUGGUGCCCUUAUUUGGUAUAGCUUAAGCUACAUUCCCUUUGCGAGGUCCAUGGUUUCAAAGAUCAUGGCAUCAUGUUUUGACACGGAGUUUUAGUGCGCUAUAUUCUGGCAGAAGACUCUGUCAACUUGCAACUACGGUGGAUUCACAACGCAAAACUGAGAGGCGUGACUACCGCAUUGGGACAAGGGGAGUUGGUGGAGGAUAUGUUGAUUACUCUUUGCUAGAUAGAAUGUAAGAUGUGUUCAUUAUCAACUCUUUUUUGACUCUGAUGUUAUGUCUAAACCUCCUGCAUAGAGACAGAAUUUGACAGUGUAAGAAGCAGAAGUAGAAACGCUGAUAUUUCACAAAUGAACCUCGACAGCACCCUUUUUAUGUGGUUUCCUCAAUCACAUUAUCUUCUCA